GUAGAAUGCUGUUUAUUAUCUGCAAUGUCCUUUGACAGAUAUUUGGCUAUAUGUAAGCCAUUAUAUUAUGUCACCAUAAUGAAUGGGAAGUUGUGUCUCCUGUUGAUUGCCAUCUCUUGGAUAAGUGGCACUUUUGCAAGCAGUUUGAUAAUUAUCAUAAUGUCCAAACUCACCUUUUGUGUUAACAAUAACAUUGAUCAUUACUUUUGCGAUACACUUCCAGUUAUAGAACUAUCUUGCAGUGGCACAUACGUAUCAAAAUUAUCUCUCUAUAUUGUUAGCUCUGUAGUCACUUUUCCUCCCUUUACAUUGACUUUAACAUCAUACAUUUAUAUUAUUUCAACUAUAAUGAAAAUCCAGUCUACCACAGGGAAACAAAAAGCAUUCUCCACCUGUUCGUCUCAUCUUUUGGUAGUCACCAUUUUUUACGGCACAUUGAUAAGUAUCUAUGCAAUACCAAAUGCCAUAAAAGUUAAUGGUCUUCAUAAAGUGUUCUCUGUCACUUAUACCAUUGUAACCCCUAUCCUUAAUCCUAUUAUAUAUACUCUGAGAAAUAAAGAAGUGAAAGUUGCCUUGAAAAGAAUCUUGUCAUUGAUUUUUGUUCAAAUUCAUAUGAAAAGUCAGAAUUGA